UUCGCAGGAACCACAGCCGGGGAUUCUGGUGACGUCAGGCAGGAAAGUACACAUUCACACUGUGCCGCAUUGACCUGAAAACAACAAGACUGCGCUCAUUUCUACCGAAAACGGCUCAUGACGCUUCCAUAGGAGCCCGAAAUUGUGUUACAACAAUGGAGAAACCUCCCUUCAGGCAGAACCAGAACUGCGGAGACUGGGAGCUGAAAGAGAGGCUGGGCAUGGGCGGCUUUGCUCAUGUUUACCUGUACCAACAUCAUGAAACAAAUGAAAAACUAGCUGUGAAAAUGUGCCGCCUCGAGCUCACACCCAGGAAUAGGGACAGAUGGAGCCGAGAAAUCCAGAUCAUGAAAAAGUUAAAUCACAUCAACGUUGUGACAGCCCGAGAUGUCCCAGAGGAAAUUGACACCAUCGCCUUAAAUGAUCUUCCACUGUUCGCCAUGGAGUACUGCUCCAGGGGAGACCUGAGGAAGGUGCUGAGCAAACCUGAAAACUGCUGCGGCUUGAAAGAGAGUGAAGUGCUUUCAUUACUCAACGAUGUUGGAUCUGGUAUCCAGUAUCUGCAUGAGAACAAGAUCAUACACAGAGACCUUAAACCUGAAAACAUCGUGCUGCAGGAUAUCAACGGAAGGCUGGUACACAAGAUCAUUGACUUGGGCUAUGCUAAAGACCUGGACCAGGGCAGCCUGUGUACCUCGUUUGUUGGCACGCUUCAGUACCUGGCGCCUGAACUGUUCGAGAAUAAGCCGUACACUGUUACUGUGGACUACUGGAGCUUUGGCACGAUGGUGUUUGAAUGCAGCUGUGGCUUCCGUCCAUUCCUGCACAACCUUCAGCCCGUGCAGUGGGCCAGCAAAGUGAGGAAUAAAGGUCCAAAAGACAUCAUGGCUGUGGAGGAACUGAACGGAGAAGUCAAGUUCUCCACACACCUCCCCUACCCCAACAACCUCAGCAGAACGCUGUUGGAGCCAAUGGAAGCCCUGCUGCAGCUGAUGCUGAAGUGGGAUCCGGUCCAGAGAGGAGGCAGAGUCAACACGGACACCAAGAAACCGCUGUGCUUCGACGUGCUGGAGCAGAUACUGAGUAUGAAGGUCGUCCACAUCCUGAACAUGACCACAGCUCAGGUCCACUCUUUCCAGUUGAGUCCGGACGAAAGCCUCCACAGUCUCCAGAAACGCAUUGAGGCCGAGACCAAGAUCGAAGUGGUGAACCAGGAGCUGCUGCAGGAGACGGGAGUCUCGCUGGACCCGAGGAAGCCCGCUGCACAGUGUGUCCUAGAUGGGGUGAGGGGGUGGGACAGCUACAUCGUCUACCUGUUUGACAAGAGCAUCACCACAUACUCGGGUCCCUUCAGCGCCAGACAACUUCCUGAUAAAGUCAACACUAUUGUGCAAGAGGCCAAGAUACAGCUGCCCCUGGUGGUGCUGAAGAAGAUUUGGGGUGAAGCAGUGAGCUACAUCUGUGGCCUGAAGGAGGACUACAGCAGGCUUUUCCAGGGACAGAGGGCUGCUAUGUUGAGCCUCCUGCGUUACAACACGAACCUGACCAGGUGUAAGAACAGCAUGUUUGGCUUUUCUCAGCAGCUGAAGGCCAAGCUGGACUUUUUCAAGAGCAGCAUCCAGUACGACCUGGAAAAGUACAGCGAUCAGAUGCACUAUGGCAUAUCCUCUGAAAAGAUGCUGAAAGCCUGGCAGGAGAACGAGGAAAGAGCCGCUGCUUUUGCACAGGUGGCAGAGGUGAGCCAUUUGGACGAUGAGAUCAUGGCGCUGCACUCCGAGAUAGUGGAGCUCCAGAGGAGUCCGUACGCCCGACGGCAGGGAGACAAGAUGGAGCAGCUGGAAGAAAAGGCCAUUGAGCUCUACAAGCAGCUGAAGAUGAAAUGCAAAACACCUGAACCGGACGUGAGCAGCGACAGCUCCGACAUGGUGAAGGCCAUCAUUCAGACUGUCCAGAACCAAGACAAGGUCCUCAAAGAUCUGUACACCCACCUCAGUAAGAUCCUAAUCAGCAAACAGAAGAUCAUUGACUUGUUUCCACGAAUUGAGAAAACCCUGGAGAGCAUUAAGGAUGCGGACAACACGGUGAUGCAGAUGCAGAUCAAGAGACAGAGAGAGUUCUGGCAUUUGCUGAAAAUCGCUUGCGCUCAAAACUCUUCAAGGAACUCGAUAGCAGCCAGUCCCGAGUCGUCCAACCUGCUGCAGGUUUCUCAGUGGUCGCAGUCAGCGCAGCCCGUCAGCUCCCCACAUCCCCUGACGUCCCUACCUGGGCCGAACGACAGUGACGCUGCGCCGCGUCUGCUGCAGGAGAACCAGAAGUACCUCAGUCAGCUGACCAGCCUGAUGCAGGAGGCGGCCGAUGAACAGACCAAAAGCAUCGUGGACCAAGACUGGAGCUGGACGAAAUACGAAACUUUAACGACUAAAUUAAAAAAGAGAAACGCGUGAGCGGAGUUGCGACCUCCAUCCCCACCUGAGCUCCGGGUUAACACUAAAGACUGUGCGGUUGUACAUGGACUCGGGACGUCCUCUCCUGGGGGGGAAAAAAAGAAAAAGAUAAAAAGAUGGAGCCCACACAUGCUCAGUGGUGUCUGUCCUCUCCCAUCGUCUCACAUGGUGGAAGGUUUGAUCCAUGAAUAUUCUUGUUUUGAUAUGAGAAAACAAUGAAGCUGCAUCACUCUACUUUUUCCUAUUGCUGCACAAUAUUCAUCUUAAUCCACGAAAGCUGAAAACUUUCUACUGUUAUCGCAGAACUGUAGCACCAGAUUUUGGGGUUCUGAGGUGGAUUCAUCACAUGGGAGAAUAUUGGACAGAAACAUGAGAAACAAAGAAAACACAGGAAGUGGUCGGGUGGUGUCGGGCGGGUGGGGUGGGGGUCGAGGAGGAAAUUACAAUCAAGCAAACGGCACUUUGAUACUCCCAUGUAUCCUCUGUAAAGAUUUCCACAUGAAACGACCUUCCAGGCUGCCAAUACUGUCACAGUAUUUACAGACCUGACAAGACAGAAACUGUUCUCAUUAAUAAUCAGUUUGAUAUAUUUUACUAUACAUAAUAAUAAUAAUAAAAUGUUCCGUAUCAUAGGCGGUCUUUUGUCAUGACACACGUGACGGACGUGGCAGGCCAUUAUGUUUAUACGAUGUCUGAACUGUACUUCUGUCUUCUUAGUCGUCAGCGAGACUCGGUGGACGUCUCAUUCCUGUUCCUGCUGCGUUCGUGUCACGUCGAGCCGGAACGAAGUUUUCAUCCAGCAAAAUCCGCAAAAGAAAAUGCUAAGAAAUGUGCGUCUCCAUCCUCUGAGGAGUUGAUUCUCCCGGCCGGCCAGGUGCCGUUAAACUGUCGCAGAAGAAAAACAACCAAAACGGCGUGAAAAACGAGACGUUAACGUUAGCGAGGUUCCACUCACAUUUUUCACCAAACUUAAACAUUGCGAUUCAUUCACCAAGUCUGUCUUUAUCACACUAUUUCUUUUACCGAUGCGUCCGAGAGCGAAUGUUUCUCUGCUGUCUCAGAAUGAGGAUGGAAAUUUAUAUUUUUUAAAUUUGCAUUUAAUUCGCUCACUUUGUGACUGAAAGAAAAUGAGCAAGCAAGUCGUUUUUUUAAGCAUAAAACCAAACAUUCAGAGUGACGAGUUGCUGCUUUUCUUUGUCUUUUAUGGCGGUAAACUGAAUAUCUGUUGGUUUGGGACUUUCUACGUGUCACCUGAGAAAGGAUUUAUUACAUCAGACAAAAAUAAUAUGUGUAAUAUCUUUUCAGCAUGGUUAUUAAAGCUCUGGUGAUCAUCUUCUCGAUUUAUUAGGCGAGUUAUUUUCUGUCAAGAAAACCAAGAAACCAAGUUGAUGUUUUUGUUAUCCAAACGACAGCCAAACAAUUUGAAAACAUAUAAAACAAAGAAAAGCUGUGACCAGAGUUUUGGGCUUUUUUUGCUUGAAAAGCCACUGAAGCGGCGACGUGAACCUGUCUCCCGUCUGUCCUCUAAGACCAGAACGUGUUCGUGGUCUCAAACUCAACUCAAUCUCCGCCCGUCGACCAUCAGUCAGACAGCGACGUGAUGUGAGCAAAUGGCUGAAUGUACUGCAGUCACACUGUUAGGUGGUCACCUUUGAGUUGUAUUACUCACUCAAGUUGAAGUGCAAUGGAAAAAAUAUUUUUUGUAUUUAAGUAACUCAGUUUGUCAGUUUCGUUUCCAUUUUCCCUUCAUCUGAUGGUUCAAAGCUGUCUCUGAAUGUUGUAAUUUUUUGGAAAUUUCAUUGUGUAAAGAUCAAAUGUUUGCCUGGUAAUGAAAUAAAAUGACUUUGGCAUGAUUCUCAA